UCUGGGAUGGAACACUGACAACAACUGUGAAGGAGACGCAGGGGAGAACGUUAAUAAAGAUUGAGUGUUUUAGGCUAGUUGAUGUAUAAAAAGUUGUACUCCCUGUAGAAAGGUGAGAUAGUAGUAACCCAUAGGCUACGCCUGCUCAACAGCCAACAAGAACUCACAGGAGGUCCUUGGGAGCGUUAUUUCAAAUAUCAGGAGACCAUGAUGGCCAAGUCGUACAGGAGGCCCAGCGAGGGGGCAGAGCUAGUCAGUUCUCUGGAGUGGAUGGAUGAUGACGUGAGCUCCCCAGACGGAGACGAGCCAAUCACAGCGCACCGCUACAGACCGGGCGGAAUGGGCCACCUGGGCAGGGAGCUGGUCAGUGAGGACAUGGAGGAGGAUGAGGAGGAAGAGGAAGAGGAGGGCCAGGGAGAUGGGAACGCUCCCAAACGCAGAGGGCCCAAGAGGAAGAGGAUGACCAAGGCCCGGCAGGAGCGCUUCAAGGCGCGGCGUGUGAAGGCUAACGCCCGGGAGCGCUCGAGGAUGCACGGGCUGAACGACGCUCUGGAGAACCUGCGCAGCAUCAUGCCCUGCCACUCUAAGACCCAGAAAUUGUCUAAGAUCGAGACCCUGCGGCUGGCCCGCAACUACAUCUGUGCCCUGUCUGAAGCCCUGGAGGGGGACCAGUCCACGGAGGGCAGGGCCUUUAUGGAGACCCUGUGUAAAGGCCUCUCCCAGCCCACCAGCAACCUGCUGGCUGGCUGUCUGCAGCUGGGGCCUGGGGGGCCUGUCGAGGAGAGGCCUGAGGACAGGCAUGGGGGGAGAGGAGGGCCCACAGUCCUGGGAGGGGUGGGGAUGGCCGUUGGACCAAUCAGCUACUCCUCCCCCGGCCUGCCCAGCCCGCCUUACGGCACACUGGACUCCGCCCAUCUGCUCCACCUGAGAGGGAUGAAGGGAGGGGCUUACGAGAGCCACUCCCCUAACGACUGUAACAGUGGGGUAGGCACCCCUCCCUACGACGGUCCCCCUACGCCCCCGCUCAGCAUUGGCAGUAACCUAGUGCCCAAGCAGGAGUCCUCGCCCCACUAUCUCCCACCGCACCACUACCCCCCCUCCAUCGGCCUGACAGGCCCCCAGGGACAGGUCCUGUACCAGAGCGCCCGCUACCAGGUGCCCCUGGAGAUGCCCUAUGAUUCAUACUGCCCUCCUCACAUGGCACCCCCACAGAUGGGCACUGUCUAUGGGGAUUAAGGGGCAGAGAGGACAGAUGGGGCAGAUGUUAAUGCUCAACACUGUCAAAAUCAGCUCGAUUGACUUUAAACCUCUUGUUUGCUGUGGUUGUUUCUGAACGCCAAUUAAGCUAAAAGGCAUCCCAAUACUUGACCAUUUCCAAGGGGUUCACAAGAGGAGUGGGUCCUAUAGGUGGAAAGGCUGACUUGAAGAAAGACCUCAGCUUGAGCACUUCUGACCAGCACUUGGAACAUGAAACAAAUCAUUCACAUGAAUGAAUAAUAAUACAUUUAUUUAUUCUCUAAUUUAAUAUUUAUAUGAACUGCUGUUAGUCAUUUUGUGUUUAUCCUUUUUGCAUGUGUUUGGUCUUGGCCUUCUCUAUUUGUGCUGUCCCUGUUACAUUGUUGACUGACUGACAGUGUAUCUGUUUUCUAUAUUCUGUGUCCAUUUCUCCUUUGUUGUCUGUUCUUCCCUGUUUCACACUGAAAAAUAUUAUCCUAUAUAUUGCUAGCAUAAUGUAGCUGAUGACCAGAGAGAAAACUGCCCAUGAGGAAGUGAGAAAUGUCUGCUGAAGUAAUGACAAGAACAAAUAUCACUUCCAAAAUCUGAUCAAGUUGUAACUUGUUAUUAGAGACAUCAUUCAUAAUUAAUAACAUCUGGAAUGAUUCCAUCUUAUUAAUUGACAUUCCUGAAUCAAAUCUAUAUAUUUUGUAUAAUCUUCUGUUCAGACACUUUCUCCAUUGCCAAAUAUUCAAAACAUUCAAAAAUGUUCCUCCAGAUGAAAACCUUUGGAUUGUAUUUUUGAACAAAAAUGUUAAUCAUUAAAACCAUU